AAAUAACAAAACGAAGAUAAGAUGUUUAUUUCCACUGUAGGGGACAGUAAUCACUCACAAACACAACUCUAUCAUCUCGACCUGACCCUCCGCGGCGCAGAUAACACCAGCCCAAACCGCGAACAUCGCCAAUACACCACCAGUCGUCCCCAGUGCCACUACUAACACAACCAGUAUUUAAUGAGUGAACCAGUAGAUAACGCGGUGAAUCAACUCGGUGAAAAGGAAAGGACACACUUCAACCUGCCAACUCCAAGGAUGCCGGACAUCAAAGUGUUCAGCGGGAGCUCGCACCCUCACAUCGCGAAGACGAUUGUGGCUCGACUCGGGCUUCCCCUGGGCAAGGCGACUACCAAGAAAUUCAGCAACCACGAGACAAGCGUCGAGAUCGGGGAGUCCGUCCGCGGAGAUGACGUCUACAUCGUGCAGAGCGGCUGCGGAGAGAUCAACGACAACCUCAUGGAGCUCUUCAUCAUGAUCAACGCGUGCAAGAUCGCGUCCGCGUCGCGCGUCACCGCCGUCAUCCCCUGCUUCCCCUACUCCAGGCAGGACAAGAAAGAGAAGAGCCGCGCCCCCAUCACCGCCAAACUUCUGGCGAAUCUAGUCUCCGUCGCCGGCGCCGACAGGGUCAUCACCAUCGACCUCCACUCCACACAAAUCCAGGGCUUCUUCAACAUCCCUGUUGACAACCUGUACGCGGAACCCGCUAUCACUAAGUGGAUCAAGGAAAACAUCCCUGAAUGGAGGGACAGCGUCAUGGUCUCGCCUGACGCCGGCGGGGUCAAGCGGAUGACCUCUAUCGCCGACCGCUUAGAUAUCGACUUCGCGAUCAUCCACAAGGAGAGCCAGAAAGUUGGGGAGGUCAACUCGACAGUGUUGGUCGGUGAUGUGAACAACAGAACGGCGAUCAUGGUCGAUGACUUGGCGGAUACCUGCGACACCAUUGUGAAGGGAGCUGAGAAGUUAAGAGAGUCUGGAGCGAAGAAAGUUUACGCUAUUCUGACGCACGGUGUGUUAGCUGGCAACGCGAUAGAGAAGAUUAACAACUCCUACUUGGAGGCGUUAGUAGUGACUAACACCAUUCCUCAGGAGAAGAACAUGAAGGUGUGUCCGAAACUGCAGACGAUCGAUAUUUCCGUGAUGCUGGCGGAGGCGAUCCGGCGCACCCACUACAACGAAUCUGUUUCUUAUUUAUUCACUAACGUACCUUAUUAGAGCUCGUAAGAACUUUAGGUAUGAUUGUUGUUAAAAUAAUAUAUUUGAAUUAACUAGUUUUAUACGAUUACAUGUAAG